AAAACAAUAUAAACCUUUCUCGUAUUCCCAAGUCUGCAAAACUUCUUCCCAGGGCCAACUACCUCCGCCACAAGCGAGCCUUCCGAAAGAACCCUGACCUGAGUCUCAACUGUUCAUCACAAAGCUUAGGUGUCUUCUCUUACUGCGGCUCUCGUCAAUAAUGCAAUUUCGAUACCUUGUACCGGGCCUUUUGGCCCUGUACGGAGCUCAAGCUGCCCCUGCUCCAGCAGAGGACGCCCCUAACAGUUUCGCCGAACGCAGUACCACAACAAACGCUGCAGCAUCAAACUAUAUACCAGCUUCGACCUUCCAAACGGAUGUCUUGGCCGCCAAGGCUCUCGUGAAUCUUGCGAUCUAUGAAGUUUCUAAUCCCUCAAGCAGCUGCAACCUCCUCAACGCAGCAAUCCGCCGGGAAUGGUCAACACUUUCACAACAAGAGCGGCUGAACUAUAUCAAUGCUGAACUAUGCUUGAUGUCGAAACCAACUCAUGAUCCUUCCUUCGCGGCUGGUGCAAGGUCCAGAUACGACGACUUCGUGGCCGUCCACAUCAACCAGACACUUAUGAUUCACGGAACAGCCAACUUUCUGGCAUGGCACCGCUACUUCACCUGGUCAUUUGAACAGGCACUAAGAAACGAGUGUGGCUAUACUGGCUACCAACCGUACUGGAAUUGGGGCAAGUACGCUUUCGAUCCUCUCGACUCACCCAUCUUCGACGGCAGUGCGUACAGCAUGUCCGGAAACGGGGUUUACGCCGCGCACGGCUGUACCAACGCGCUUCCGACCGGGUUGAACUGCAUUCCUCCCGGCGCCGGCGGUGGUUGCGUGAACACCGGACCCUUUGCCAACUACACUGUGAACCUCGGCCCUGUGUCACCGACGUUGGACAUCCCGGGCAUCAUCAACUACACUAGUCCAGACCCUCUGGCCUACAACCCCCGCUGCCUCCGUCGCGACAUCUCAUCUUGGGUAUCUUCGAACUGGACAAAGGACUCGGACGUGUACGACCUGGUCACCAAAUACAAUGACAUCUUGUCUUUCCAAACCCGCAUGCAAGGAAACUUCACAGCCGGCUUCUAUGGUGUUCACACUGGAGGGCACUUCACCACCAACGGCGAUCCCGGUGGUGACCUGUUUGCUUCCCCGGCCGAGCCGACCUUCUUCCUUCACCACGCUCAAAUCGAUCGAACGUGGUGGAUGUGGCAGAACCAAGAUCUGAAGGAUCGCCAGAAUGCUUUCGCGGGUGGCACAUCGACUCUGGACCCGACGGGCAGCCCGCCAGGCCACUUGACUGACCCGAUCAUCAUGGGUACCUUGUCAAAGCAGGUGGAGAAUAAAGACGUGAUGAGCACGACGGGCGGCCCUCUGUGCUAUAUCUACGUAUGAUGAAAGUCAGCCUUUUUGGACACGGCUCCUUCUUCCUUCUUUUUCUUGCCGUACAUAUUUUGGGUAUCCAAACUGAGCGAACA